AUGCCGAUGCGUUGCACUUUGAACUUGCAGUUCCCCCUAGGGCAUCGUGCGCAUUUGUGCAGCAGAGAACCAAAAGAUGAGGAAAGCUCACUCCGUACUUGCUGCAAAAUGGAGUUCGACAGCAUCACCCUUCUACAGCCAGUUUGUCCAACUGCCAUCCUCAAGAAACAAUCAAAUUUCGUUAGUGGAGGCAUUUGGCGUCCGCGAUGGCGACAUCUUCGAUUUCCCGAUGGCACUGGACUUAGCCUUGUCCUGGGUCUUGCAGUCCAUUGUACUGAAACUGCACCACUCAUGUUUCCCGAAGUAAUAGAACAGGCCUCACGAAAUCCUGCAUAA